AAAGAGAGGAGUGACAGGAGGUUAAAAAGGAGAAAGGAGGAAAAGAACUUGAGCUCAAACUAGAACAGAGAGAGAGAGAGGAGGGUGUGGAGGAAGUAGCGAGUGUCUGAUUAAAGAGGGUCGAGGGAGAAAGUGAGAGAACAAAAUGAGGGGCGAAAGUAGGGGAAGAAAAAGGAAACUGAAGUAGUAGGAAGGGAAGGAGAGGAGUAUGGUAGGAGGGGGACAAACUAGGGGGAGUUGUCCAACCAAGAAGGCAGGGAUCAUAAAACGCCCUCCUCCACAGCUGUUACCAUUGCAGUCACACACAGACUAACAUUACAGUCCUCACAUGUUUCUGCAGUCGGAAGACAGUUACUUUACCCGGUCUUUGUGUUUUGCUCACACAUCCUCACAUGAACACAGCUUGAGUGAAUCAGACAAAAACACAGAGAAAGGCUGGGCAGCGAUGGGCUGGGAGCAUGGAGACUCCCAUUGACUUCUACCGGCACUUCUCCUGGCUUAAAAAGGUUAAUCUUUGUACUCCAGCCAACAAUGAGACCUACCAAGAACGACUGCUCCGCCUAGAGGGAGACAAGGAGUCUCUGGUGCUACAGGUGAGCGUUCUGACUGACCAGGUGGAAGCCCAGGGAGAGAAGAUCAGAGACCUGGAAAGUUCUCUGGAAGAACACCGACAAAAACUGGCCUCCACAGAGGAGAUGCUUCAACAGGAGCUGAUAAGCAGGACCUCUCUAGAGACUCAGAAGCUGGAUCUCAUGGAUGAAGUGUCAUACCUCAAACUGAAGCUUGUCAGCAUGGAGGAGACAAACACGCAGGCAAAAGAUACCGCAGACACGGAGCAGAAGAAAGCUGAGUGUGUAGUUAAUCUCAUCAGUGAGCUCCAGGAGCAGAUGUGCAAGUUUCAGGAGGAGAUCAGCUCUCGAAUCCAGGAGAAACGGGCUCUGGAGGAGAAGGAGUCUCAGCAGGGGGAGCCAAGAGGCAGCCAAGCCCGGGGCCAAGGCCCUCAGGUUGGGUUAGCCUGCUCAGACCUGAGCCUGUCUGACUCUGACGUCUGGAUGCACAAUGGAGGACAGACUGUACACGAUUUGCUACAAGAAGUGCAUCAGCUGAAGAGUAAAGUGGAGGAGCUGGAGGGAGAGAAGGGCCAGUAUGAGAGGAAACUGAGAGGCACAAAGGCAGAAAUCGCAGAGCUGCAGCAGCUCCUUGCAUCCAAAGACGCUGAAAUUGAAUGCCUGCAGACCCAGCUGCUGGCCAGAGGUGGCACAGCCAAUGACAACGCUGAGAGAGAUCAAGAAUAUCAGAGGUUGAAGGUCGGGAUGGAGUCUUUGUUAGCUUCAAAUGAUGAAAAGGACCGACGUAUAGAAGAACUCACCGUUCUGCUUGGUCAGUACAGAAAAAUGAGGGAUGUUAUGGCACUCACCCACGGGAGUAGUGAAGAGGAGCUGAGCGGCAGUUUAAGACUCAGAGCCAUCACACACAAAGCACACUCUGAUAUCCUCAGGUCAGAGAUAUCAUCAAGAGGAUCCUCUCCUCUUAUGUUAUCGUCAUCUCCUUACCAGAGAGAGCUGGACUCUAGCUUUCAGAACUCAAUGGACGCAUCUCUGGUGUCUGCAGGGGAUUCUAGCUUCUUUAAUGGAUCAUGGCAUCAGCGCAGGUUGCUCUCCAGUAGUCUUGAAGAGUUGCAAAGUGGAUCAUUGCAAAAGAGUCCACACAUGGAGCUGAGUAAGUACCAGACUCUUCCUGGGAAGCGGAGUAAAAGGAGCGAGCUUAGGGCCGAGCUAAACGGUGAUGGAGAAAGACACAAUGAGUAUUUAUCACCCGUCCAACUCUCUCCUGUCCAUAAUCAUGAACAGGAGCACAGACUCACAGUUCGUCCAGAGCGGCUGGAGGAGUGUAUUCUUUCAGACCAGUCCCCUCUUUCCUCUGGAGUGGAUUCAGGACAGCAAUCCCCAGUCUCACCAGAACACAGAAAGAGUCAUAGAGGCAUUAAGAAACUCUGGGGAAAGAUCCGUCGCAGCCAGUCAGGUAGUCCCUCCCAGGGCACUGACUCCGACUUGGGAGAGUUCAAAAGAGGAGGCUUUAGGGCUACAGCGGGACCAAGGCUGGCUCGUUCAGGGAAUACACGAGAUAUGAAGACGCCCUUCUAUAAGUGGAGCACAGAGCAGGUAUGUGACUGGCUUGAGGAAAUUGGACUUGGUCAGUACAGCAUACUCGCCCGCCACUGGGUCACCAGUGGUCAGACUCUACUCUCAGCUACCCCACAAGACCUGGAGAGGGAGCUGGCGGUUAAGAAUGUGCUUCACAGAAAGAAGCUUCAGCUCGCCAUCAAGUCGUUCAGUAGCAAACAGCCGGAGAAAUCUGCAGAGCUUGACUACGUCUGGGUCACUCGUUGGCUUGAUGACAUUGGCCUCCCACAGUACAAGGACCAGUUUAAUGAAGGAAGGGUGGAUGGGCAGAUGCUGCAGUAUCUGACUGUGAAUGACUUGUUGGUCCUUAAAGUAACCAGCCAGCUGCAUCACCUCAGUAUCAAGUGUGCCAUCCAUGUCCUCCAUGUCAACAAGUUCCACCCUAACUGCCUCAAGCGUCGGCCCAGCAAUGAGAAUCAGUUCGCCCCCAGCGAGGUAGUACAGUGGUCCAACCACAGAGUGAUGGAGUGGCUGAGAUCUGUCGACCUGGCAGAGUACGCACCAAACCUGAGAGGAAGUGGUGUUCAUGGAGGACUAAUAAUGCUGGAGCCUCGGUUCAACUCUGACACCAUGGCCAUGCUGCUGAACAUCCCUCCCCAGAAAACUCUGCUAAGACGCCACUUAGCCACCAACUUCAACAACCUCGUGGGAGGACAAGCUCAGCAGGAGAAGAGGGAGUACAUGGAGGCAGCAGGCUACACCCCUCUCAAUAUCACAGCUAAAGUCAAGCCAAAGAAGAUGGGUUUGUCUAACUUGACUCACCUCAGAAGGAGAAGACCGGAUGAAUCCACAGACUAUGUUUGUCCCAUCGAGUCGUCUUCACCUCAAUCAGGACAAUCUGCAGCUAACGGUGUGCAGGUUCGACCCUAUGCCGGUUUUAGAGGCCUGAGCCCUAUUCUGGACCGAGAGCCUGACCGCACUAGAGACCAGGUGGGACAGGAUGACAGCAAAGCUGACCCAUCUCCAUGACGACAGCUUCAAGAAUAUGGCGAUACUGUGCUGACACACUUAACAUAAGCCAAUGGGCACUGCUACUAUUCUGCCUCCUUUGCUUGUGACCCAUUAUACCUCAGCCCAUCCUCUCCCUGCCCCUCUAAACCCCACCUAUCAGCCCCACCCUGUGCCUUAUAAGUGAAGAGAUUCAGAGACGCCCUGAUAACCCUGCAGACUGUCCUGUAGCCAUAGCUGCAGGUCAUGAAGGGUGUACUGACAACAUGAAUCUACACACUUGAAGUAUUUUGAUGUUAGUUUCCCUAUCUGACUGACCCGACCUCAGCAUCAAACCUGUGCCAUGAUCUAACUAAUCAUGAGAGAACACAGACUCUCUCUGGACACCACUUCCUGUUACAUCACUUCCUGUAAUCCGUAUAAUAAAUAUGGAUAUCUAUUGUACAGUAUUAUGUAUUUGUUCUAACAUUUGUGCAUCAUCAUUAGAGGAUUUUAUAUGUGUACACCGUCAUUAAGUUCAACUUUAAGUUUUCCACUUUCAUAGUUCUAUCACAUGGUUGAAAUGAACUUGUGCAAUAUUUGCAUCAUAUUAAGGAGGGAUUAUAUUUAAUAUUUAUGUCAUUGCAGAAGACAGGAUAAAGCAUGCUAGGUUUGAACCUGAGGUGAUGAUUUUGUACUGUUAUUUUCAUAUUGACAGUAUUGCUGUAAUAGUAUUUUUAUAGUUAAGAAACCCCUGCUCCUUUUCAGGAAGCUUUGUGCUCUUGUAAAUGUAAAAAAGAGGCUAUCAAAUCAUUUAAUAAAUAAAAUCAUAUGUG